AUGUCUACGGAAAAGUUAAAUAAAUUUUUAAAGGCGUUAGACGCGGUCAAAAAAGACUACACGUGUGGUUACUGUUCAGAAUUAUGCAAAAAUCCGGUUACAUUAAGUUCAUGUUACCACUUAAUUUGUUCAGACCAUUUCGAUAGCAUACGAAACUGCCCCACUUGUAAUAUACCGCUGGCCGGCUGCAAAACCUUUGCUGACGAUCGCCUGGAAACCUGUAUCAACUCAGCUAAGGAACUCGACAACUUAUUCGAAGUAUUUCGAAAUAAGAACAUCUUAAGAGAAUCGAAAGGAGAAAGUUCAAACGGGACUAGUAAAAAACGCGGCAACAAGGAACUCCAGAGUAGCGAUGUCGAUAAGGAAAACAAAAAGACGGACAAAUCUAACGUUAAUUCUGAAAAAUCACGUAAAGUUAAAAAAACAGAAAGUAAAACGGAAAAUUUGAAUUCUACAUUACAAUCAACAGCUAGUUCUAAAAUAAACAAAGGUAUAGAGAAGAGAAACAAUAAAGGAGAAACGGGCCUUCAUGUGGCGUCUCGUCUAGGCAAAGUUGACACUGUCAUUGAUUUAUUGAAACAAGGGGCAAACACUAAUACUAAGGACAACGCAGGGUGGACUCCUUUGCAUGAAGCUGUACAAAAUGGCCGCUUAGAUUUAGUUAAACUUCUAUUACAGUACAACGCGCUUAUUGACGUCCCUGGUCAAGGUAAUGAAACGCCACUCCACGAAGCAGUAAGAUAUAAUUACCCAGAAAUAGCUGAGGAGUUAGUUAAAAAUGGAGCAAAUAUUAAAGCAAGAAAUUGUAAAGGCGAAACUCCGCUAGAGUUGGCAUCUGAAGAUAUGAAAAUAGUACUUGAAGAAGCUGCAGAGAAUGUUAUACAAACACAGGGUGUGAACAUAACUUUAAUAUCAGAACUACAUAUGGAGCUGGAUUCUGAUGAUAUAAGUAUCUACUGUGUGACACAAUCCCGUACCAUACAAAAUAAAUUAAAACUAUUGACUAAACAUCACUCAAACUUGCAUAUCGAGGCAAAAUUUACUAAAAAAGUAACACAUUUAGUAGUUGACACAGAAGAUGGUAUAUGUACAUCUAGCUUGGAUGUUCUACAAGGAAUCGUCAGUGGUAUAUGGAUCAUAUCGUCCGACUGGAUAAACAAUUCAACGGAAACAAAUUUAGAACCAUUCGUGAACUAUGAAGUCAAAGGCGUCGGUAACAGCUCGUACUUAGGUCCUAAGAACGCUAGAUAUAAUAAAUACAAGCAACUUCCAGGCAUAUUUAACGGCUGUCACUUUUACUUACACAAUAUCAAUACAAAAUAUGAAAUUUCAAAAUCGAUAGUCGUAACAAAGACAAUAUUAACAAAGCUAAUAACUGAUGCUGGUGGUGUGGUUUUGAGACGUGUACCGAACCCAGAAUCGAUACCAGAUGCUGAGAAAUUAGUUCCCUAUCAUGCAAAAAAGGAUGGAAAACUUGUCAAUUGUUCUCAUUAUAUAAUAUUUAAAGAUGUUUAUGAACCUAUGUAUAAUAUGUCGCAUUUCAAAGCUUUACCAAUCGGCUGGUUGAUUGAAUGUAUAGAAAAGUAUGAGCUUUGUGAGCCUUGGUAACGAUUAAUAUUUAUUAACAAUGUCCUCUCUAUAGUUUUCCAUUGCAUUGUCAAAAAAAGGUACUUCCCCAGUUAGGCUCCUCCAAAUUUUGAGCAGGAUAUUUUCUGCCGUGUCCUACCUCACUAUACAUAAAUCAGUCAAAUAUAAGUAGUAAUUUAUCCAGAAGAUAGGUUUACAGCAGAACUUAAACUUGGCUUCUAUUUGACUGAUAUCUUGUAUGUAGCUUAGAAAUGCUAUGUAAAAUAUGUUAUUUCAUUUAAUGGCUCUUGCAUAUAUAGAGUGUAAUUGAAGGCAAAGUUGAUCAUGUUUAAUAAAAAUAAACGUUGAAUAUGAUUUAAGAUUAUUUGAUAAAAUGUUGAAUAUGAUUUAAGUUAAUAAUCUUGAUAUGAUAAUUGGAUGUUAUCUAAACCUAUGUAACUAAACCCUUGUAUAAAAUCAAUCAGGUAAAUUCUUUAUUUGUAUAAAAAUAAACUUCAUAUUAUGUUCACAAAAA